GUUUUAUGCGGUCAAUAGCCGAACCGAGGCGCGUCGGAGCAAAUGGCGAUAGUUCGUGCGAGUUCAACCCUUUGUCUCCAUGAAGCGUUCAGCAACUUGAAUAUUGCCACCCAAAUUGAUCUUCGUUAAGCAAUCAAGCUCCAAAUCAGUAUCGCCAUGUACGACUUCUCCGAGUACACGGGCCCCAGCGCGGACUGGGUCGCACUCGAGCCCACGCUCACCCCGCUGCCUAACGUGCCGGUCCUGGAAUUGAGGAGUCUAGUCAACAAGGGACGCGAAGAGCUUGCCGUCCAUGGCAUGAAAAACAUAGCUUCCCAGAUACAAACUCAAGACUACACUAUUGAAACUCGUGACGGCGCAGUCCUAGAAGCUCGCACAUAUCGCCCGUCUGGAAUCCCAGCAUCUCAGAAACUCCCGGUGUAUAUCCAUCUCCACGGUGGUGGUUAUCUCUUCGGUACCCUCUCCUCCGAAGAUGCGAUCUGCUCUCGAAUUGUCGUCUCCCGGGUGCAAAAUGACACCCCAGCCAUGGUCUUCAAUGUCAACUACCGUCAUACCCCGGAACAUGCAUUCCCUACAGCCUGGAACGAUGUCGAAGAUGCGUUCGUCUGGGUUCAUGAACAUAUCAACGAUAUCGGUGGUCUCGGCGACCAAGUCGUGGUUGGCGGAAUUUCUGCAGGAGCUCAAUUGACCGCGGCGUUGACACUCACUCAAUUGUACGGGGAUAACGAGCGUGUGAAGGCCUGUCCCAAAAUUCGAGGCCAGGUCCUCAUGAUUCCUUGCCUUGUAAUUGCGGACUACUACGCACCUCGCAAAGAGAUGCUGCGUAGUCCCGAGGUAUCUAGUUAUGUGACUUGUGCUGAAGCGCCGAUUUUGCCCGUCUCAAGGAUCAACCUCUUCAUGUCGUUGCUCGAGAUAAGUAAAUUCCCAAAUGCCGGUCGCAAUCUGCGCAUGAAUCCGGGCAAUGCUACUGCGGAGGAGGCGAAGAAUUUACCACCAACUACAUUUGGAAUUGCCGGUAACGAUCCGCUUCGCGACGAGGGUCUAUUCUUUGGGAAGCUGCUCAGUGAAAACGGUGUUCCUACUGAUAUCAAUGUCUUCCCUGGUGUGCCUCAUGGAUUUAGACGGCAUGGUGACAAGCUCGCUGCCAGCAAGAAGUGGGACGAGGUUAUGAGCGGUGGUAUUACGUGGGCGCUGAGCAAUCCUGCAGCAGGUCCUUUCGAGAUCAAGGCAGAAUAAUCUCCAGGGCAGCGAGACCUACUUUCGGGGGGUUCCAGCUAUAGUUGCAUUACAUAGCAUGGCGUUCUUUACGCAGUAAUGUCUUCUCCCUAUGUCAGAAUUUCGGGCCAGCGCUUGCGAGUGAGUAAUUGGUGUAAAUCUACGUAUUUCGACCACUAAAACAGUCUCUUUAGACAGUGGGAAAUCACACUGGCUAGUCACAGAUGCUGUCCUCCAGAAAGGUAUAAAUAGAUCGGAUCUACUUCUAGUUAUCAGGCCAAUCAUAACAAAUUGAU